AUGUUAGUGGUAUACUAGUUCAUGAAAUAUAUAUUUUUUAAAGAUAGAUUCUUAGCGCGGCAUUAGAAGAAGAAAAGCAUUGUUGUGGAAGAAGAAAAUAUUCUAUUGUCUACCAGUGGAACAACAUCUUCCAUCAUGUCUAUCAUCACGAUGGCCUAUGUACUUCCAAUGAUGUUGGGAAGAACUUUUGACACUUAUCAAAACUCAGCUGGCAGAGAUAUCUUCACAAUCACACCCGAAAAUAUUACGACAAUCAGUGCUCCAAAGACCAAAACCAUAUAUCGUCGUGUUGAAUCUUUCAAAGAGGCUCGAGAUUUUCUAGAUAUCUCUGGAGAACUGAGUCUGAAUAUCCUAGCAGAUAAGGUGAACGUACAAGGAAGUGGUCAAUACUUGAAAGAUUUCACGUCUUCCUCGAAAUAUAUUGAAUAUGUGGUGAACGUCAAUUUUGAAACGGUUACAGAACGCAUUUCGGAAAGUGCCAAACCAGAACAAAACUGGACUAGUUACUCUAACCUCGGGACUCAUUUUGUUCGAGCAAUUACUUAUGGAGGGAAUCUGGUGGCUUCUCUUCGUUUCAUUCUGGAAGAUGAAAGUUUCAAAGAAGAGAUUUCUGGAGAGUUAAAUUUCGUGCUUGGGAAAGGCGGUGAUGGAACACAGUUGAAAGGGAAAUUGGAUAAAUUUGAAGAGAAUCUAGCAUCGAGAGUCUCGCUGCAGAUUUAUUAUUACUCAGAUGUUGGGCUUUACAACGUACCUACUAGCAUCAGUGGUUUUGACGAGUUACUGAAGGGUUUUAAAACGGCAGUCCAAGACGUAAACAAUGGAAAAGGGGUGCCUAUAAAAGUAGAAUUGGUUGAUCUAAAAGCUAUUGGUGGUGGAGAAGAAUAUAUUGGUUACAAGGAACUCGUCUUGGUACUUCAGGAGGUAGAGCAAAAAUUCGUCGAACUGAAAGAAGUUAAAGACAGCUUAAUUGAAUGGUGGAAGGAACUUCCUGUAGGAUUAGAGAAAGAAACUGAGGAAGAUAUUGACCGCUUCUACAGAAAAAUAACAACUAUUUUGGAGAAAUUUUACAUCUCAAUCGUUGAAAUGCAUCCCAAGAAAGGCAAAACGCAGUUUGAUGAAGCUAAUAAGGCCUAUAAAGAAGGAAGUACUGAUCGUCUUCCAGGAACAUAUCGUAGGGAAUUGAGGAAACUCCAGAAAAACCUGGACAUCAAAGGAAAAACGUUAUUAGACGUUUACAGCUCUACUUACGUGCACUGGGGAAAAAGUUCUUGCUAUUCAGCAAAUACUGAGAAAUUGUACUCCGGUUAUGCUGCAACACAUCCAGAAGAAGGAAUUGGCGGUGGAGCUAAUUACUUGUGUUACCCAGAGGAUAAUCUAGCCUGGGGAGAAGAAUGUUCUUCUUCAGAUCAGACGUUUCUCGGAACACUUCGACUAGGAACUAUCAACAACAAUUCACCAUUGAACACCAGUAAAACUCUGUUUCAGAGAUCUGUGGUAUGUGCGUUAUGUCACAUCACCAACAGGAGCAGCGUGGUCACUUUUCUGCUGGAAAAUGAAUGUCCAGAAGGUUGGAUAACUGAAUACAAAGGAUAUCUGGUCACCAAUGAAAAUAACGGUCAUCGUGGAGAGUAUGUUUGUUUAGACACAAAUAUCGAAAUUGAUGAACUAAAAAGAGGUAUUGAAACCAAUGCUAAUAGAUUUAUGCUGGAUCAGAAGGCCAACCUCGUGAUUUUACCCCCUGAAAGUAACACUGACAGUCACACCAAAAAUAGAUUUGUUGCUUGUAUAGUGUGUACAAAAUGAUAUUUUAUGAAGCCUCACAAGCUCAUACAGAACUUGUAUUAUUAUUUUGAAAUAAAAUAAUUAUGUUCUUC